UGUUCUUGCCAGGUUUUGGAACGACUAAAGACGUACAAAAUGGCAGAACUAGAAGACGUGACGCUGGACGGGAGGCCGCUGGACAGCCUUCGGGUCACCGAUUUAAGAGCGGCACUUGAAGAGCGAGGACUAGCUAAGAGCGGCGCAAAGAACACACUCAUGAAGCGUUUAAAAGGGGCACUGAUGCUGGAAAACCUCCAGAAACAAUCUACUCAUACUGGGUUCCAGCCAAACUCUCAGAUGGGGGAAGAAAUGGGACAGAACAGCUUUAUAAAGCAGUACCUAGAAAAGCAGCAGGAACUGCUCCGACAGAGACUGCAGAAAGAAGCUCGAGAGGCACAAGAAACUGAAGAACCUUUAGCCGAGUCGGAGGAAGAAAAUACGAAUCCUGAUAUUAUGCCGGAGCCUCCUGAUCUUCUCUGUUCUGUUUUGAAGGUGCCAGAUGUUGACCUGGGGAAACGCACUCAAAAAAAAAGUGUUUCUGUCUUGGAAGACCCAGAUGAUUCUGAGGAAGAGAUUCCCAAAAAGAGGGAGAGGCGGUCAUCCCGAGUAAAGCAGGCUAAAACUUCAAAACCUCCGGUUUUAACACAGCCAGGUCAGGAGCAAGAGCCCCGCAGAUCAUCCACCCGAGUGAGACGGUCUAAAGGAGACAUUGCCAAGGAAGAAGUGGAAGAUGUGGGUGAGGAAGAGGAGGAAGAAAUGGAAGAAAAAGAGCUGCCCGUUGAAAAGGAUGAAGAAGAACCUCCCAAAAGAAGACGAUCCUCAAGAUCAGCUACUAUUCAUCAGACAAAGUCUCCAAAAGUCAAGCGUUCACCUUCCCCUCCUGAAUUAUCAGAAACUGUUUCCAAAUCAACUUCUGCUGACUCAGAAGAAAUGGCAGAAGAACGCGUUCCACCACUGCUUUCUCUGGAACGGUUCCAGCAUCAGAUGUCUGAAAAGCAGAUGACCACAGCAACUGAGAAAGCUGUUUCCCCACAAUUUCUCCAUAAGGAGAGUUCAAAGAGUCAUAGAUCUCCUCAAAAGUGGGGGCGUCAUGUGAGAGAACGGAAUGAGAGCAGUUCCGAUCCUUCAUUACAACAGCCUCCAGCUGCAACUUGUGUUAUCCAGCAGGCUCCUAACUUGCGUGAAGAAGGUGAAAAAGCUAAACCCAAAAUACUGGAUUCACAUAUGGCUGAAGAGAGUGGCUCCAUAACAAGAGGUGCUGCAACAAAAGAUGUCAAAGUGAAAUCGUCACUGGUUCUUAUGAAGCCUCAGGUUCGCUCAAAAUCUGAAGGAAAAGCAUAUGUGAGUGAACAGAGCCUGCAUAUAGUGGAGAAGUCAUCCUCAAGGGGAGUUCAAGCUAUGUCUAUUUUAGAGAAGCAAAAACCAGAAUCUUAUGAAAAUAAAGAGAGCACCAUUACAUUAUCAAGCUGUCCUGAAGUUGGAAGAUCAAAUGUUAAGACCAUGUCUAUUUUGGAGAAGGUAAACAAAGACAAAUUGGAUGCAAAUCCAGCAGUGCGCGGUGGUGAUUCUUUUGAGCCUGAAAAAGCAGAAGUAGUUUCCCCAGUCUAUGGUACUGGCUUAUCUAAAACAAGAAAACUAAGAAUCAGAUCAUCCUCUGCAAAUCGAAAUCAACUAGACCCUAACAGUUUACAAACUGUAACUUGUCCUGACGUUAAGGAAAUCCAUGAAACGGAGGAGCUUAGUGUGUCCCUUAACGUGGAGCAAACUGCUGUACUUGCAGUGACUAUGUUAAACAAGCCAGAUCUGAAACCAUGUGGACCAAUGCAGACAAGGGAAGAAGCGACUGAUUUACUGAGUAAACAAGUUAAAGAAAGUUUAUCAACUGCAAAGACAGAAAAAGAGCCUACUGAGAAAUCAGAUUUAGAUGUUUCUUGUUUGUCUGUCCCUGACAUAAUGGGAGGGAUCACCAGCAGCACUGACCAUUCUCUGGGUGAAAAGGUCUCUUAUUCCGGCUCAUUAGAACUACAGCAAAAAGAAUCUAUGCAUGUGAAUGAAAUUUCUGAAAUUAAACAGGCAGAAGACCAAUUAUCAGCUCAAGAUUUUAAUAUGUCUGAAAAUACUGUGCUGUUAGGGGAAUCUAAGAAAUUUGGGAAACCAGACAAAGUUACCUCUAAAAUGGUUCUAGAGGAGAUUCAGUUAAAGCCAUUUGUGCCAUUGGGUCAAGCACAACAGAAUAUUCUAAUACAACUUCUGAAAUAG